UACAGUUUACUAUUUUUGUUGUGUGAAAAUGAAGUACGGUGUUCUUGUUUUUGUUGGAUUGCUCUUUAUAGUUGGCAUUGCUAGGUGUCAAUUAUUAGGAAUGCAGCAGCAACAAAGGGAGAUGAACCGAAUGAACCAAAUGGGAGGAGGAUUGGGUUUGAAUCUUGGCUUGGGCUUAAACAAUGGCAUGUAUUCGAGGUCUUCGCAAAUGACUAGAGAAAGGGCAACUAUGUUACAAAGAAAGAAACGGGCCAUCGACAUGUUGAAACCUAAAAAUUGUUUUUUAGUUAUACAAGUACAAGGCACGACUGCAGCUCCAACUUCUGCAGCAAGUAUCGAUCCUAGAGGAGAUAAUGCUACUACAGCCGCUCCAGCAUGAUUGUUUAAAAUUUUGUAGCCAUUUGUAGAUAUUUUGUAGAAUAUAUUUAUUGUCAUCGAAAUAAAACUAUUUUUGUUAGACA